UUGCUGUCAGUCGGAAGCAUCGAUGUUUUUGCUUCAGACGCUCGAUGUACAUGUUUCAUUUGGUUAAUCAUAUUAAAAUUGAAUUCUUGAAAUAGCCAAGCACACAAUAUGGAAGAAACUAGUCCUAUGAAGCCCAAACGCAAAGACAAUACUGAAGAUAAAACGGGCGAGGAAACGGCCGUGCCAAACAGUGACGGUCCACAAAAGAAAUUGGCGAGGCUCAAUGAAUCGCUGGAAACGGCGUCUGGAGCGGGCGACGCUGACGUGCAGCUGGCACUUAACAAAGCUUAUCAGCAAAAGGAUGUGACGCAAUGGCUGCAGUCAGCGUGGGCCAAGCAAGCGGCAAGCACAACAGAGGAGACGACUGGUGCACAAAUCUAUGGCGAACCAUUCCAAAUAAGCUUGCUACCCAGUUUCCUAGAGACAGAUAAUACGCGGGCUUUGGUCGACGAAAUGAUCAACAAGGUGCACUGGUCGCGCAAGCAAAUGGAUUUGUACGAGUUCUACCAGAGCACUGAUUUGUCCAAUAUGCUCGAGUGCCGGCUGCUCACGAACUUCCUGCAGAUGCUGCGCAAGCAAGUGCGACCCUGGCUGGAAGAGAUCACAAAUCUGAAGCUGGACUAUGUGUCCGCCUCGUGCAGCAUGUACAGCUGCGGCGACUACUUGCUGGUGCACGAUGAUCUGCUGAAGGAUAGGCAAAUCGCCUUCAUUUACUAUCUGUCGCCAUGGCAGGGUGUUGAGGAGUGGAGCGCAGAGCAAGGCGGCUGCUUGGAAAUCUUCUCCAGUGAUGAGCAGUGCUAUCCACAGUUUCCCGUGCAACGGAAAAUUGCGCCCAAAAAUAAUCAGUUCGCAUUCUUUAAAGUCGGCUCACGUUCCUUCCACCAAGUGGGCGAGGUGACGACCUUUGACUAUCCCCGUUUGACGAUCAAUGGCUGGUUUCAUGGCGCCACCAACGAGGCCUUCGCGGCGGACUCUUCGCGCGCCUUUCCUCGCCCCAGUUACCUGCAGCCGAAUGUGAAUAAUAAUCCCAGACUGGGCUUGCUUCUAAACGACGUCUACCUAAAGGCAGCCACGCGUCGCAGCAUUCAGAAACGGAUCGAGGAGAACUCGGAAAUAUGUCUGUAUGAGUUCUUCAAACGCGAAAAGUUUGAAUUGGCUCGCGCACAAUUGCUGAACGAUGAGUCGCUGAGCUGGCGACGACAAGGACCCGCCAAUGCGCACAACUACGAAGUGAUGGAUCUGGACACCGCCAAGGGCACUGUCCAGGAGCUGCUGCAACUGUUCCGCAGCAAUGCCAUGUUUCAGCUGCUGCGCGACUUCACCGAUCUGGAUCUGUAUGGAGUGGAUGCCAUUACGCCCACUUGCAGCGUGGAGCUGCAGCGCUGGUCGCACGGCAAUUACACGGUGCUGGGCGAUGGUCUGGUCAGCGAGGAGAAUACCCUGGAUUUGGUUUACUAUCUGAAUGCGGCGGAGGGUGCGGCGGUUAUCACAUAUCUCUCACCUGAUGUGGAGCAGCGCACGGCCCACAGGAAUGGCUUGGAUACCGACCAAAGCAUUGAUAAUACUGACGAUACAGAGGACGACGAAGAGUGCCAAGAUGACUCCGUCCUCCUCACAAUAACUCCCGUGGACAAUGCCCUGAACAUUGUCUAUCGCUGCGAGGGCACCACCAAAUUCACCAAAUAUGUUUCGCGCAACACGCCGCUGGACAAGGGCCCGGUCUUUGUAAUAUCCUGCAGCUAUAGAGAAUAAUUGCGAUGAUUUAUCCACGUUAUGCCGCCGCACGUACAAGCCAUAAAUUGUUUUCCAAACAGGCGCAAUGCACAAAUAUUUAACUCUGUUUUCUAAAGCUCAGCGAGAGAAUGUUGAUUGUAUUCAAGCGGGAAAGCCACUAAAUGAAAUGCCCAAUAAAGUGAUGUAUAAAGAAACGCAA